GGGGGGGGGGGAAAUCUGUAGAGUCAAGGCUUCCCGAAUGCGCGACCUGGUGCCAAGCGCGCCCCCUUCAUUUGUUGCCCUUCUUGAAGCUCGUUUUCAUGACGUGGAAAAGCCUGAGCCAGGGCAACAAUAACACGCACACGCGCGCACACACACACACGGAGAGAAAGGGAGAGAAGCCCGAGAUUCUCCGCCGUGGUUGAGCCUCCCUCCCUCUCCUGCUGCUGGUGCCCAGAGAAGGCAGCAGCAGCAGCACCGGAGCUGGGAGCCUGCAGCAGCCCCCUAUUCCUCCUCCUCCAUUGAGUGUGCCAAGCAGCAGCUCUGCAUCCUAAAGAAGCUCAUUGAGGAGCUCAUUGCAUUCCCAGCACGUCUCAGGCUUGCUUGCUUUUUUUUUUUUUUUUCCCCCUUUUGCCUCAGCCUCAGCAGGAGUAGAGAGAGAGAGGGAGAGGGAGAGACAGCGAAAGAGAGAGAGAAGAGAGAGCCAGAGAGAAAUCGGCAAUCCUUAAACUCAAGCUUUUCCCCCCCUUUUUUAAAAGAUGUGCUAAAAAUCUCUCCUGCAAACCGUUUUGUAAUCAGCCACACACGAUGAAACCUUCCACGGCAGAGACUCUCCAUAGGGGAAGGAUGUUGUGGAUAAUUCUUCUAAGCACAAUUGCUCUAGCAUGGACUACACCAAUUCCCUUGAUAGAGGACUCGGAGGAGAUCGACGAGCCCUGCUUUGAUCCAUGUUACUGUGAAGUGAAAGAGAGCCUUUUCCAUAUACAUUGCGACAAUAAAGGAUUUAUAAAUAUUAGUCAGAUAACGGAAUCGUGGUCAAGACCUUUUAAACUUUAUCUGCAGAGGAAUUCCAUGAGGAAAUUGUACACCAACAGUUUUCUUCACUUGAACAAUGCUGUGUCUAUUAACCUUGGGAACAAUGCACUGCAGGACAUUCAGACAGGAGCUUUCAAUGGGCUCCGAGUCCUGAAGAGGUUGUACCUCCACGAGAACAAAUUAGACAUUUUCAGAAACGACACUUUCCUGGGUUUGGAAAGUCUGGAAUAUCUGCAGGCAGAUUACAAUGUCAUUAAACGGAUUGAAAGCGGGGCAUUUCGAAAUCUGAGCAAACUGAGGGUCCUGAUCUUAAACGACAACCUUAUUCCCAUGCUUCCUACCAACCUGUUCAAAUCUGUGUCCUUAACCCACUUGGACUUGCGGGGAAACAGGUUAAAAGUCCUUUCCUACCGAGGGAUGUUGGACCAUAUUGGCAGGAGCCUCAUGGAGAUCCAGCUGGAGGAGAACCCUUGGAACUGUACUUGUGAGAUAGUGCAGCUGAAGAGCUGGCUGGAGCGCAUCCCCUACACCGCCCUGGUGGGAGACAUCACCUGCGAGACCCCCUUCCACUUCCAUGGCAAGGACCUGAGGGAGAUCAAAAGGAGCAAACUCUGCCCCAUGCUGUCUGACUCGGAGGUGGAGGCCAGCCUGGGGAUUCCUCAGUUGUCAUCCAGCAAGGAGAACGCGUGGCCUACCAAGCCUUCCUCCAUGCUGUCCUCCUUCCAUUUCACUGCUUCCUCUGUCGAGUACAAAACCUCCAACAAGCAGCCCAAGCCCACCAAGCAACCGCGGCCGCCCAAACCGCCGCCGACGUCCCGAGGCCUGUUCCCCGGGCCCAACCAGCCUCCCAUCGCUGCCUACCAGACGAGGCCCCCCAUCCCCAUCAUAUGCCCCACCGGGUGCUCCUGCAAUUUGCACAUCACUGAUUUGGGCCUGACGGUCAACUGCAAGGAGCGAGGGUUUCACAACAUCUCCGAGCUGCUGCCCAGGCCCCUGAACGCCAAGAAGCUGUAUCUGAGCGGCAACCUGAUCCAGAAGAUCUACCGCUCGGAUUUCUGGAAUUUCUCCUCCUUGGAUCUCCUGCACCUGGGGAACAACCGGAUCUCCUACGUGCAGGACGGGGCCUUCAUCAACCUGCCCAACCUGAAGAGCCUCUACCUGAACGGCAACGACAUCGAGAGGCUGACGCCGGGCAUGUUCCGGGGCCUGCAGAGCUUGCACUACCUGUACUUCGAGUACAACCUGAUCCGGGAGAUCCAGCCCGCCGCCUUCAGCCUCAUGCCCAACCUCAAGCUGCUCUUCCUCAACGACAACCUGCUGCGCACGCUGCCCACCGACGCCUUCGCGGGCACCUCGCUGGCCAGGCUCAACCUGCGCAACAACCACUUCCUCUACCUGCCCGUGGCCGGCGUGCUGGAGCACCUCAACGCCAUCGUGCAGAUCGACCUCAAGCUCAACCCCUGGGACUGCACGUGCGACCUGGUGCCGCUCAAGCAGUGGAUCGAGACCAUCAGCUCCGUGAUCGUGGUGGGCGACGUGCUGUGCGCCAGCCCCGACAACCUCACGCACCGCGACCUGCGCUCCGUGGAGCUGGACGCGCUGUGCCCCGACAUGCUGCCCGCCGCCGCGCUGGACCGCGACCGCCCGCCGCCGCCGCCCUGCGCCGUGGGCUUCGUGGACUGCCUCUACGGCACGGUGCCCAAGCUAAAGGAGCUGCACGUGCACCCCCCUGGCAUGCAAUACCCGGACCUGCAGCAGGACGCCAGGCUCAAGGAAACCCUUCUCUUCUCGGCUGGAAAGGGCUUCCCCGACCACCAAACCCCCAAAAGCGAAUACCUCGAGUUAAGGGCCAAACUCCAAACCAAGCCGGAUUACCUCGAAGUCCUGGAGAAGACCACCUAUAGGUUCUGAAAGGAGU